AUUUCAUCCGAUUUCAUCAUUGUCCGUCGACCGUACAGCGAGGUGGCUGUAGUCAUUUUAACGAAUUUGUACAGUACCUUGGGAAGGGAUUAUCGAUUAAUUUAAUUUACUGAAUUAAUUUACUUAUUUGCUUGUAAAGGCGUUAAAGUACAGAAUAUGUCUGAACAGGUCAUCAAGGACACUGAAGACAUUUCAGUAGGGGAGAUCUAUGUUUCUGCUAAAGAAGGCAGUGAUGAAGAUGGCGAUGGGACGAUGGAAAAGCCUUUUAAAACUGCUCUGAAGGCAUUGAUGUUUGUCGGGAAGGAGCCGUUUCCAACCAUCUAUGUCGACUCUCAAAAAGAAGGCGAGCGCUGGGCAGUUAUCUCAAAGACACAGAAGAAGAAUGUGAAAAAGCAGUGGAACAAGGAACAGAUGAAAAAUGACAGCAAACUCAAGAAGGAGACGGAAGAUGCCGAUCGAAGGGAGAAAAAUCUAGAGGAAGCAAAGAAGAUCUUUAUUGUGAAAGACUCCAGUCUUCCAGAACCCAAAAAAGUGAAAAUCCACCAGCUGGGAGAGUACAGGGAGCAGAGGGUGAAGUUGUUUGGCUGGGUGCACCGACUGCGCCGGCAAGGAAAGAAUCUGAUGUUUAUCGUGCUAAGGGACGGGACUGGCUUCCUGCAGUGUGUUCUCACAGAUCAGCUGUGUCAGUGCUAUGAUGCCGUGGUCCUGUCCACGGAGAGCACCGUGGGUCUUUACGGCCGGGUGAUGCCCGUACCAGAGGGAAAAGAGGCUCCCGGGGGACAUGAGCUGAUCUGUGAUUUCUGGGAGCUGGUGGGCCUGGCUCCACCAGGGGGCGCCGACAACCUGCUGAACGAGGAGUCUGACGUGGACGUGCAGCUGAACAAUCGGCACAUGAUGAUCCGUGGUGAGAAUAUGUCCAAGAUUCUGCGGGCUCGCUCCGUCGUCACCCAGUGCUUCCGGGACCACUUCUUCAGUCGUGGCUACUAUGAGGUGACUCCGCCCACGCUGGUGCAGACGCAGGUGGAAGGUGGAUCCACCCUCUUUGGGCUGAACUACUUUGGUGAGCAGGCGUACCUGACCCAGUCGUCCCAGCUGUACCUGGAGACGUGCAUCCCCGCCUUGGGAGACUGUUUCUGCAUCGCCCAGUCCUACCGCGCCGAGCAGUCCCGCACACGCCGUCACCUGGCCGAAUAUACCCAUGUAGAGGCUGAGUGCCCGUUCCUGACAUUCAACGAUCUCUUGGACCGCCUGGAGGACCUGGUCUGUGACGUGGUGGACAGAGUGCUGAAGUCGCCUAUGGGGGACCUCAUUUCUGAGAUCAACCCUGACUUCAAACCACCCAAGAGGCCUUUCAAGAGGAUGGACUACACAGAAGCCAUCGCUUGGCUGAAGGAACAUGAUAUCAGGAAGGAUGAUGGCUCCUACUAUGAGUUUGGGGAGGACAUUCCUGAGGCCCCCGAGAGGAAGAUGACGGACGCCAUCAACGAGCCCAUCCUCCUGUGCCGCUUCCCUGCUGAGAUCAAGUCCUUCUACAUGCAGCGCUGCCCGGAGGACCGCCGCCUCACCGAGUCGGUGGAUGUUCUGAUGCCCAACGUUGGUGAGAUUGUUGGGGGUUCCAUGCGUAUCUGGGAUGCAGAUGAGCUGCUGGAAGGUUACAAGAGGGAGGGCAUCGAUCCAACACCCUACUACUGGUACACGGAUCAGCGGAAGUAUGGGACGUGUCCCCAUGGAGGCUAUGGUCUGGGCCUGGAGAGGUUCCUUACUUGGCUGCUGAACCGUUUCCACAUCCGGGACGUGUGCUUGUACCCCCGCUUCAUCCAGCGCUGUCGUCCCUGAGCAUGCGGGGGUCCUGCCCCCCCGAGCCUCGCCCACUUGUCCCAUCUCCGAUCUGAAUGCCCCACUUAAUCUCACAGCACAGAUAAAUGUUGUUCCUUUUGUACCUUGAUCUGGGUAAACAUGCUUGAAAAUCAUGGUUAAUCAGUGCUUGGUAACUGCUGGUGUGUCUGCUGGGUUGCAUAUAAUGCACAAUCACCUGCAUCUAAGAAUUGUGAAGAAGAAUGAAGGAAUCUUGUUUUCUAUCUCCCCGUGUCUUACAGAAUUGCAUUUAGAUGAUUUCUCGAAUACCAGCCGCCAUUCAUCCAUGCCCUAAAAUGUUUCUCCUCAGUUUGAUGUUGAUCUUAAAUUUCUUGCUUACAAUAAAUGAGUAAGCCUAAGGAACACUGUUCUUUUUGUUGUGAAAGCUGUUUCCUGUGUACAUGAUGUUAAAAAUCAUUUUUGUUUUGUCUUGCAUCAAGGGUGAUAUGCCUCUGUGUUCUAGCUUUGCAAAGAUUUGAAGAAGCCCUCCCCACGUCUCUCACACACUCACAACUGAGGGAUCAAACCUCAGGGUCAGUCACCAGCUCUUGGUAGAUGAUGAGGCAUGACCAAAAAAGACCCCCAACGCUUUUAGAUUUCAGAAUUUGAGGGCAAAGUGGUUUGUUUAGGUUGUGGAGUACACUUAUACUAUACCGGAAGUGUAUGUAUCACUGCAUAGUUGUGUCUCUUCUUGGCUGUUACCAAUGUUUUCUUGCCAUGUUCUCCAUAACCAUGAUGUUUAACCAUGAUGGUGCCGUAUAACGUUUGCUUGCUGUUACAUUAUGUUUUAAUGGUUCUCUGUGA